AUGGCAGCAGCUCAGGUGGGACCUCUCCCAAAGCUCAAACUGCCGUCUGGGCCAUCUCCAGUAACGGCCGAGAGGCGGUACUGGAAAACGUUUAAAAACCAGCUGCUCAUCCCGUCGCCCACGAGCUACCCCGUCACCAACAUCUCCUACAACAGCGACUCCUUCGUAGUCACGACGGGCACCCGCGUCCAAAUCUAUUCCAAUCGCACACGCAAACUUCUCAAGACCAUUACACGGUUCGGCGAUGUCGCCAGAAGCGGAGACAUCCGUAAGGAUGGCAAGGUGCUUGUUGCUGGCGACGACACGGGCAAGAUGCAAGUUUUUGACGUCAACUCGCGAGCGAUCCUCAAGACGUGGACCGAACACAAGCAGCCUGUCUGGACGACCAAGUUCUCGCCCACAGAAUUGACGACACUUGUCAGUGCCAGCGACGACAGGACGGUGCGGCUCUGGGACCUGCCCAGCAACGAGGCGACGGCGACGUUUGUCGGGCACAGCGACUACGUGCGGUGCGCAAACUUUAUGCCCGGGACCAUGUCUAGCAUGGUCGUGUCGGGGAGUUACGACUCCACGGUGAAGUUGUGGGAUCCCAGGACGGGAAGCGGCUCGGCUGUCAUGACGUUCAAGCACGCCGCCCCCAUUGAGGACGUGCUGCCCCUGCCGUCGGGGACGAGUGUUGUCGCCGCGGCGGGAAACUCAGUUUGUGUCCUGGACCUGGUUGCCGCCAGACCACUUCACAUGAUUAGCAACCAUCAAAAGACGGUUACUUCGUUGAGCCUCGCGUCCAAUGGCCGGCGGCUGGUGACGGGUGGUUUGGAGGGCCACGUCAAGGUCUUUGAGAUGACGGGGUGGAAUGUCGUCAACAGCGUCAAGUACCAGUCGCCCGUGCUGUCUCUGCAGGUGAUCCCCUCCGGGGACGGGGGCGACGCCAGCGAUCGCCACUUGGCGGUGGGCAUGCAGUCUGGCGUGCUGAGCGUCAAGACGCGUCUGACUGGCGCGGAGGCGAGCCGCGAACGCGAGCGAGACAGGGAGAUGUCCGCCCUCGUCGCGGGCACGAUUGCCUCGCAUGAUGCGAAAAAGUCGAAGCGCAAGCGGAGAAUCGAGGCGGCCAACAAGCUGGACAUGGUGGGGGAGGGCGCCGACGUCGUCAUCGCCAAUGAGCCGCGGGCGAGUCGGAAAAAGGAGCGUCCCUGGCAGAAGGAUCUCCGGCAUGCGCGGUAUGCUCGUGCGCUGGACCAGGUGCUCGACCGCAAGUCGCCGGACCACACGUCCCUCAACGUGCUGACUCUGCUGUUGGCGCUGCGGCACCGAAGUGCUGUUCGAGACGCGCUCGAGAACAGGGACGAGCAGAGGGUUGAACCUGUGCUGAAGUGGGUGUGCGGGCAUAUAUGCGACCCCCGGUAUGUCAGUGUCUGCGUCGAGGUGGGACUGCAUCUGAUUGAUAUGUAUGCCGAGUAUGUCGGCGGAUCGGCGGAGCUGCAUGAGGGCUUUAGAACGCUUCAUAGACGGGUCAGGAGUGAAGUUCAGAGGGCGCAGGUUGCCUGCCAGACGGGCGGUAUGCUAGAGAGCUUGAUGAUGGGAGCCAUGUAA